GCGGGCGAGGACGUGGAACCCGCGGCUGUCUUGCGUGUGUUGCUACCGUGCGUGUGUGUGUGCGUGUGCGUGCGUGAGUGUGUAGUCAUGUAGCCACCACGUACACGCCCCUUUGUGUGUGUCUAGGGGCCCCUCUCACUCACUCACUCACUCACUCACUCAGCCUCUAACGUGUUCUCCCUUGAAAAAACCUCACUGUUCAUUUGUUCACCUGUCUAGUUUACCUUUUUACUCGUUCACUCGUCCCUCACCUCUCCUGUUUACCUGUUUGCUUGUCCCUCCCUCAUCUGUUCACCUGUCCUCAAUCAUGCCUGGAAUCGUGGUGUUCAGAAGGCGCUGGUCUGUGGGAUCCGACGAUUUGGUUGUUCCUGGUGUAUUCCUCUUCAUUCUGCACACUAUAUGGCUGAUAGUGCUGGCAGUCAUCUACGGCGUGGUGGGGGCGCGGACCAGCACGUCGGAGGAGUGUUGGGCGGAGCUGCGGGAACACAUCGUGGGGUACCUGGUGAUCUUGUCCGGCUGUGUCAUUGUGGAAUUCUGCAUCGCUCACGUGGCUAUGCGAGGCACCAUCCUGGACCCCACACCCAGAGCUUCCAUGCAGUACCUCCUUUACGUGAGGCUAGCGGUGUUGGUGGCGGAGCUGGUGUGGCUUGUCCUUGGCGUGGUGUGGCUCUCCAAACACUACGCCACCUGCACGUCCCAGGCUGCCAAGGACGCCAUUCUCGGCAUCGUGGUGUGCAACUGGUGUGUCAUGGUGUCUGUGGUGAUAACAGUGUGGUGUACCUUCGACGCCGCGGGCCGGAGCUGGGUGAAGAUGAAGAGGUACCAGCGAUCUAUGCGAGACACCCCUUCAAAGUUCCAGUACAGGCGGUCUGGGAACAGGAACAGAAAUUGGAGGCAUAGGAAGGUACUACGAGCCUAUCAAGACAGCUGGGACCACCGCUGUCGCCUGCUCUUCUGCUGUAUGGGCAAGUCAGAUGACAAUAGAAAUUCGUUCAGCGACAUCGCGCGGUUGCUGAGCGAGUUUUUCCGGGACCUGGAUGUGGUGCCGUCUGACGUGGUGGCUGGCCUGGUGCUGCUGCGGAAGUACCAGAAGCUCAACCGGCAGGAUAUUGUCAAGAGCAACAAGAACGACAUCUAUGAAUUCCUCUCGGGCGUUCCCAUUACUCCUAGCACUCGAUUCCUGCAGCUGUCAUCGCCAGAGGGAAAGGAGGAGUUUGAGAAGAUUGUCCACUACAUGCGGUUUGCUCUGGCUAUCUAUGGCUGGCCAAUGUUUGUGGUGACGAGCUCCACUGCUGAGGUCUGCAAGCUGGGCCCCAUGCUGAGGUGCUUCCUCUGCUGCAAGUCUCAGGCAUCGGAGGCGGAGGUGGUGGAGGACAACUGCUGCGGGUGUAAUGUGGCAGCGCUGCGGCGGAUGAUCCCGGCAGAGGAUGUUGAUCUGGUCUACUCCACAUUCCAUGUUGAUGUUGGCGAGACUCCGUUUUUUGUGGCGCUGGACCACAAACGCCACGCUGUUGUCAUCAGUAUACGUGGCACUCUGUCCAUGAAGGAUGUUGUGACUGACCUCAAUGCAGAGAGUGAGCCAAUACCCAUGGAUGAGACGAGGGAAGACUGGCUGGGACACAAGGGCAUGGUGUCGGCAGCAGAGUACAUCCGCCGAAAGCUCCGAGACGACAACAUUCUUAGCCGGGCGCUGUCCUUCGACCCAGCCAGGGGAACACAGACGUACGACUUUGUGUUGGUGGGUCACUCUCUCGGGGCAGGCACGGCAGCCAUCCUAGCCAUCCUCAUGAAGCAGGAACACCCCAACCUCAGCUGCUUUGCCUACUCUCCUCCUGGUGGUCUUCUAAGCAUGCCGGCCGUGGAGUACACCCGCAGCUUCAUCACAUCGGUGGUGGUGGGGAAGGACGUGGUGCCUCGGAUCGGCCUGCACCAGAUGGAGACAAUGCGUGCCGACCUCAUCAAUGCCAUCCAGCGCUCCAGAGACCCCAAGUGGAAGACCAUCGGAGCGUCGGUGAGGUGCUGCGGUGCGUGGGAGGACAGUGGCGGUGAGGCUGAGGAGUUCUCCACCACCAGGGCUGCCAUGAGGGACCACGCCUCCCACCCUUCAGACUCCUCCAUCGCCCUCACUGUCCACCAGCCGCUCUAUCCACCCGGCAGGAUACUCCACGUCGUCAGGAACCACCCAGAUAAGAGGCAUCACUGGCUGGGGCGGCCUACACCAGUAUACCAGGCUGUGUGGCGGGACAAUGAGGAGUUUGACGAGGUGCUGGUGUCCCCCUGCAUGAUACAAGAUCACAUGCCAGACAAAGUACUCAAGGCGCUGGAGAAGGUACUGGAGAGCCCGGGUCCCAGGAAGCCCCAGAGAGCGCAGGGACCCAGCCCGACACGUAGGAGGAGCACAGCGUCAGCCUCAAGCCACGAUGCAGAGACUCGUACCCUCCUCACCCCCUCUUGCUUUCGCUCCUCCCCCACACAGCCCAGCCCCGCCACCUCCACCAGGACGUCCCCGGUCACCAACACGCCAAUAUCUAACUCGAAAAGUGCCAAUCGUCUCCCCACGCCACCCCACAAACUGCUGCUGGAGACGUCGUUUACCUGCUCGCCCACUCAGUCACCUGAGCCGCCCCUAGACUUGAGGCACCAUGCUCGGCUGCACUCCCCGGCCAUCACCUGGGAGCUGCUUUCUGCGCUGGAGGAACAGCUGCUCAUGGGCAUGCGUGAGGCAAGCAGAGGGCUGGAGAGGGACGACGACUGGGUGGUGGGUGUUGCGCCGCUUGCCUCUCCGGAAACGUUGAGCGAGGCAUCCAGUAUUGUCUCCCGCGCCUCUCUCUUGCUGCGGGAGGGGCGGCGUGCUGGCUCCAUCCCUCCUGCCGGCUCCCAUCAGCAGACCCCCUCCCCCCUGCUCAACCACCGGCCGCCCCCCGCCCGCCUGGGCAUGGGCUACUGCUUCUAUGUGGAGACACCGCCCCUGGAGUCUCGCCGCCAGCAGCUCAUGGCCGCUGAACGCCUCCCAGAGUCCUCCGAUGAUGAGGAGAUCCCCCAGCGGCCCCUCUCCCCCGCUUCUUACAUCACACUGGAGCCCAUCAUCCCCACACCCCCCCCAAAGACCCCCACGCCCCACAACGAAUCCCCGGACCCACCCAGUGUGGGGCGGCCACUCACACACCCGUCCAGGACACCCCAGGGGCAGCAACGGCCAGGCGGGGGCAGCUGGCAGAGGCUCCCCUGACUCGCCAGGGAGCGGCCACAGUCCAGACUCCUCCUCUCCUCCUCCUCCUCCUCCUCGUCCACCUCCUCUUCUUCCUCGUCACAAAUUUCACAUCGAGUAAAAUUUGACUUAACUGCGUCGCAAAUGUCGCGGGACUCCGGCUACGGCGAGAGGCUCAACGGCAACCUGAGCGGAGCCAGUGGGGAGUGGGGGCGGGGGCUGGGGCACCAGCAGGAGUAUGGGCGAGGUCAGGCGUCGCUGGUGCACCACUACAUGUACUCUGGCAUCUCCCCGCAGCACUCCCCACUCUCCCCAGCCAACACUGACUCCUUCACCUCCCCCCUCACCUCUGACCCACCCUCCUCACGGCCCCCCUCCCUCCUCCCUACCCCUGUGGAAGUGCCAAGGUUAAGUGCUGGGAGUGUGAGUCAUUCUGGCCACCACCACCAUCACCACCACCCCCCUCACCCGUUAUACAAAGCAACACCACUCCUUCAUGAUAUCACCAGGUCCCCAAGGUUGUUCCCGGGGUUUCAAGGACACCACAGAGGGCUGAGAGCAGCGUAUAGUGAGCCCUGGAGUGUGUGAGGCACUUGUUUGUGGUCGUGUGUGUGUUCGUUUGUCAGUGAUGCAGGAAAAAGGUCCCUAUGCAGAAACACUUUGCUCUCUCACCACAGCUAUUUUCCAAGGCUACAGAGAUGAUUAGUGGGGUUUUCAAGAGUGUUUGUCUUGUUGGUAAGGCAGAAAACUUGUUAACAUGUCACUAAAAUUACAGAAACACUCUUAAAAACCCAUGUCACUUCAAAUAGAGCCCUUUGAAAAGAGUAUUUGUCCUGUUGAUAAGGCAGAAAACUUGUUAACAUGUUACUAGAAUUACAGAGACAUCCUUAUAAAUCUGUGACUCUACAAUUAGAGCCCUUUGAAAAGAGUAUUUAUCCUGUUGAUAAGGCAGAAGACUUGUUAACAUGUCACUGGAAUUAAGAAAGACCCUGAAAAAUCUGUCAACUUCAACUAGAGCCCUUUGAAAAUAGUGAGGGUGCAGCGAGGAAGUGUUUCAGAAUGUGGGCCAGUGUGUGAUCUUGCCAAACUUGAUUCACUCAGGCACUUUUAGGGAGUUGGUGAGUCUUGGUUCCUGGUUUUUGGUGAGUGGAUGUGUUGAAGUGAU